AUGGGGAAGUGUAAAUGCAACAUCCGGGGCAUUGGCCCAUUUAGCUUGGCUGCUUGCGUUGUGCUCUUUUCCCUGUAUAACAUGCUUAGCUCAACAGUUGAGCUGUGCGCGGCUGUGCGUAAAAACUCCUGUGGCAACGGUUCUGACUCUGUGAUCGCAUUCAACUUUUUUUCCUCGUCAUUUACGAUAAUUGCGGGUGCCCUUGGAGUAUUAUCCACCAUAACAAAGUCUUCAUGUUUCGUUCUCCUGGUCUUAAUUGUAGCGAUCAUCACCAUGAUUUGCGAUGGGGCCGAGCUAGCAACAAACGCGAUUUCCGGCAAGCCAAGCUUGUUUCAGUUCAUAAUGACCACACUGCAUUUAGUCAUUAACUCCGCGGCCAUGGUUGUGUUCUUAUCAUACUACCGCGUACUUAAAAAGGGAGGCACUGGCAGGGAGAGGAUGUCCGCAGAUGAUUUUAAGCUUGUUGAAGAGAACCCGCCUGCGGAAGGGGCAAACGCGUUGCCUCAUGCGAAGACUGCAUCGGAAUACACCCCGCUGAUGGCAUAA